AUGUGGCGAUGCAGGUUAAAUUUCCUAGAAGGCCCCCAGAGAUGUGGAUUGAAGCGCAAGAGUGAGGAGUUGGAUAAUCAUAGCGCAAUGCAGAUUGUCGAUGAGUCGUCCAUACUUCCUGCAAUGUUGCAAACCAACAUGGGAAAUCCAGUGACAGUUGUGACAACUACCACAGGAACAAAACAGAAUUGUACCACUGGAGAAGGGGACUAUCAAUUAGUACAGCAUGAAGUUUUAUGCUCCAUGAAAAAUACUUAUGAAGUCCUUGAUUCUCUUGGUGGAGGCGCUUUUGGCCAGGUAGUGAAAUGCUGGAAAAAAGGGACAAAUGAAAUUGCAGCAAUCAAAAUUUUGAAGGACCGCCCUUCUUAUGCACGUCAAGGUUAGAUAGAAGUGAACAUAUUAGCAAGGCUCAGUACUGAAAAUGCUGUUGAAUAUAACUUUGUACGAGCUUAUGAAUGCUUUCAGCACCGUAACCAUACUUGUUUAGUCUUUGAGAUGCUGGAACAAAACUUGUAUGACUUUCUGAAACAAAAUAAGUUCAGUCCUCUGUCACUAAAAGUAAUUCGACCCAUUCUUCAGCAAGUGGCCACUGCGCUGAAAAAAUGGAAAAGUCUUGCUUUAAUUCACGCAGACCUCAAACCAGAGAAUAUUAUGUUGGUGGAUCCUGUUCGACAGCCGUACAGGGUUAAAGUAAUAGACUUUGGGUCGGCCAGUCACGUAUCAAAGACUGUUUGUUCAACAUAUCUGCGAUCUCCGCACUACAAGGGACAUGGGGACUGUGACACAAAUGACAACGAGUAA